UUGAGUAUUAAAUUAUAUUUAUUGAAUACACUUUGCAGUUUAUUUGUUUACUUCUGUAAUUAAUAAAUAUGGAAUAGAUAACCUAAAGAAAAGGGUCAGCAUUUUGUUAACAGCGCAUUCCCAGUUCGUGUGUGAAUGUUAGGCGAGUCGCAUAAAAAUGAUUAAAGUAUGUUUCCUGUUUGCGUUGUUUACGGCAGUUUAUGCCCAAGACGUCGAGAUGAACAACAAGUGCACUUACACGUUCAACAAGCGAAUAUUUACAUGUGUAGGUUUAGAAGAUUAUAGUAAAAAUGUGGAACUACACUUGGUUAAUGGAACCAAUUUGUUGUUUAUAAAGGACUGUAAAAACGUACACCUAAACAAAAGUUUUCACUCGUCAAAAGGAUUCGCCAAAUUAAAAAGGCCAUAACGGAGAUCGAUCAAAAUUUACUGCCACCAAAAUUUUGCGGCGAUAAAAGGUGCUUAUGGGAUACCGUGCAAAAAGUAACGCAGGUCGUAAAUGCUGUUGGUGCAGCGUCUGCAAAGGCUCAAGGAUUACCCAAGCCUAUCACCACGACUGAUCGCUUAAGAAAUUCCGACAACAAGUUGUACUUCAUGGUGGAUUCUCAAGCCAAUAAUGGCAACGGAGCCAUUACAGGAAUGUUAAAAACCGGAAAGAAAGCGUUGUAUGUGUUUGACAAAGAGGGGCAGCACUAUCAGGUGUCUCCAAAGUGCGUUUUGGACUUUUAUGUCCCCGAAUCUCGCCAGAGAAAUGGUUUGGGGAAACAGAUUUUUCAGCACAUGUUGGAGAAGGAGGAAACCUCUCCAAUAAACAUGGCCAUUGACAGACCGAGUGAUAAACUAAUAAACUUUCUCGACAAACAUUACAGUUUAAAAGAGCCAAUCAAACAACGUAAUAACUUCGUCGUUUACAAUGGAUUUUUUCCAAAAGAAAAUAAAAAUGCAGGCGAUUCAUUGAAUGCCAAAAAACUUACUGCAAAUGGAUUGCAAUAUUUUGCAAACUCGCAAUACUACACUGAGCCUGUUUGUAGAAUGGAAAAGAUUAAUCCAAAUCCGCCGUCCGCUCAACUAACAACAAACAUACACAAUAUUCAACGGGCAACCAUACCCCAAACUUUAAACGGGGCUAUAGGCUAUACAACACAAAAUUCACCUUAUAUCUCCCAAGAAUAUGGAUAUGAAAAACCACAGCAAUUUGCACUUCCCAGUCAAAACAUUGAUCCGCAAAAUAUGCAAUAUAAUGUCAAUCAACAAGCCCAUCUUCAAUAUCAAACAACUCCUAAAGAAGUACCAUCUACCCAUCAAUAUGCAACCAUGCAAUCAGCCCAAUAUCAAAUACCACAAUAUGCUCAAAAUCAACAAAAUGUCUUACAGCAGGUUCCAUAUGAUCCACAAAACCAGCAAGUCGUUCAAAGUUUACCAGCGCAAGCACUUAAUCAACAAUUAAUUCCAAAUAUGCCAAUGCAAAAUCAACAAGUCAUUCAAAAUAUGCCACCACAAGCACAGAAUCAACAGGGUAUUCAAAAUAUGCCACAGCAACUUCAAAGUCAACAAGCACAAAAUCAACAAAUCAUUCAAAAUAUGCCAUCUCAAGAACAAAAUCAACAGGGUAUUCAAAAUAUGCCACAGCAACUUCAAAGUCAACAAGUACAAAAUCAACAAGGAAUUCAAAAUAUACCACAGCAAGUUCAAAGUCAACAGUUCAUUCAAAAUAUGCCACAACAAUUACAAAAUCAACAGGUCAUUUCAAGUAGGAAAGAUCAAGUUCCUUAUGUCCCUCAAAAACACACGGUGGUUUCAAAUGUGCCACAACCUCUUGAGGCUCAAUAUCAACAGGUCAUUCAGAGUAUGCCGCAAAAUCUCCAACAAACUCCUUAUGAAGGUCAAAAUCAACAACUGAUUCACAAUGUACCAAAUGCUCAAAAUGUACCUGUAUAUCAAAACCGUCCAGGAAGACGUAUGUACUCGACCAUGAGUACUAGAACACCAGCGCCUUAUUACACUGAUAACCAAACUUAUUACACUGAUGACCCAGCCUCUACGGUCACCGUACCAAAUGCAAAUAUUCAAGUUGCACCUGCCCAUCAAAUGUACAAUGAGCAACAACAAACACCCCCAGAAGCAUACGGGUUACCAAAUAGACCAAAAGAAAUUUUACAUCCUAGUAAUCACCCCCAACAACAAACUAUUCCUGUGGCACAAGCAAAAUCACAGCCUAUAACAAUUGCAGAAAAUAUACAAAAUGCUCCAGUAGCAUACUCCCAGCCAAAUGUUAAUAUUCAAAGAAGUGAUGCACAAGUUCUAAUGCCACAAAAUAUCCCAAUACAACAACAACCUAUAUACUCACAACCUGAUUUAGGUUAUAUAACACCUCAACAGGUAGUAUCUAAUAUAAAUACACAACAGCAACCAGUUUAUGCUAAUCGUAAUAAUGGUUAUUUAAUGAAUCAAAUUCCAGUGCAAAGUUUACAAAACAUAAAUCAACAACAGCAGCAAAUGUAUAUGCAAAAUAUGCCAAAAAAUAAUCAAAAUAUUUCUGCAAUUCCAUCUCAAUACAAUGGAAUAGGUCAACCACCUUCUCAAGUCGACCAAAUGACACCUCAAACACAAUAUUAUAAGAAUACCACCCAACGACAAGAAAAUAUGGUUCCACAGCAAACUGCAAAACAUAAACCUGCUAACGGCCAGGAUCCAGUUAUACCACAACCCACAAAUGCUAAUUUAAAUAACCAAUCACAAGUUGAGCACCAUCAAGAAAUGGUGGAGACUCAGCCAACUCUGGAUCAAAACCAGGAAGAAACUAGUGAUGAUGUUUCUACUCAACCGAAGAUGGACGGAAUUCAGGAUUCGAAAAGUUCUGGAAAAGAAACGGUGCGAAAUGUAAACACAAAUAAAAGAAAUAUCAAUGAGGAGGGAGGGUUAAGAUAUGGGUAUCCUGCACAGAAGCCUGCAAAUCAAAUAGCCUCGUUUAUUUAAUUAAUUAACAUCUUAUUGUAUGGGUUUUCAAUAAAUUAAUGUUGUAAUCUUGCACACUUCAUUUAAAUCUAUAAAUCUAAUUAAGCGAUUACACAAUAAUUUGAUUAUGAUAGAUUCUAAUAUCUUCAAUUUGCUAAAUACAUUAGCGUCACA